AUCAUUAGUUCAAUUUUUCAACAAAAAAGUGUGUGUGUGUGUGUGUGUGUGUCCACGAAUGAAUCACGAAUUUAUUUGUCUUUGUUUGUUUAUUUGUUCAUUUUUCACUAUACAACGCAACGGUGAAUUUUUUUUUUUUAUUAUUAUCAUCAUUCCGGAAUCAUUCAAUUUUGCCGGUUAUUCAGCCAAUUUAUUGUCGUCAGAUUCUAAAAAUAAUAGAUUUAAUAACAAAAAUUCCUACAUGUAUUCGAUUGAUUAAUCGAUUGUAUCGAAUCUAUUUUGACCUAAGAAGAAAAUAAAACCAAAAUCAGAAUUCAUGGCCGAUCAUCCAAAUCGAAUAUUUGUCAAUGCACAAUUAGCUAGUGGAUUGAAAAAGAAUGGCAGCAAUUUUAUUAAUAAUAAAAUGAAAAGAUCUCAAUAUAAUCAACUUUAUCCAUCAUUGUUUCCAUCAUCAUCAUCGUCAUCGUCAUCUAGGAAAUCAAAUAAAUUUAUAGCCACACCAUCAUCAUCAUCGGCAGCAAUACAUCAUUUACAUGGAAUCCAACAACAACACCAUUAUAAACAUCACCAUGAUGAAAAUUAUCAUCAACAUCAAUUUUAUGAUGAUGAUAGCGCUAUUGGUAUGUCGGAAAAACAGCCAUUAAUCGACAAUGAAAUUACUACUACCGGAAAUUAUUAUGAUGAUGAUACUGAUGAUACAUUGGCUAAAACGUAUAAUAAUAAAUAUGAAGUAUCCAAUUAUGAAAGUGGAAGUAGCAGCAGUAGCAGCAACAAUAAUUCAAAUGAUGAUGAUUUUAAUCACUUCAAGUACACACAAUCAACAGGUGAUCAAGAACAAAAAAAGAAAAUGUUGGUAAAAGAAAAACGUACAACAAAUAUGCAAACAAUGAUGCAUAUUAUGAAGGCAAAUAUUGGCACCGGAAUAUUGGCAAUGCCAACUGCAUUCAUGAAUGCCGGUCUCUAUGUUGGUCUAAUAUCAUUGCCAUUACUUUGUAUACUUUGUACACAUUGUAUGCAUAUAUUGGUUAGAGCCAAUAAUAUAUUAUCAACACGUUUAGGUACUGGAAAACUUGAAUAUCAAGAUGUAGCAUCGAAUGCCUUUACAAUUGGACCACGACCAUUACGGCCUUUUGCGCAUUGGGCUGCAAGAAUUGUUAAUCUAUUUUUAUUAAUAACACAAUUUGGUUUCUGUUGUGUUUAUUCAUUGUUUGUUGCCGAAAAUAUUAGUCAAUUUUUCAAUGAAUUAACACCAAAAGAAUAUCAUUUUCCACCGCUUACAUUUUUGGCAUUCUUUUUACCAUUGUUUAUAUUGCUUUCAUUUGUUAAAAGUUUAAAACAUCUUUCAUUGGCUUCCAGUAUGGCAAAUCUUCUGCAAACUGUUGGUCUAUUUAUUGUCAUGAUUAAUCUAGUACAAGAUCUGCCUAGUCCGGACCAGGUAACACAAGUUGGUUCAAUAGCAACAUAUCCGCUAUUUUUGGGCACAGCUGUUUAUGCAUUCGAAGGAAUUGGUUUAAUAUUGCCAUUACAAAAAGAAAUGAAAACACCAGAAUCAUUACAAGGUUAUGUAGGCGUAUUAAAUAAAUCAAUGGUACUUGUUGCUUCCAUUAAUUUGGCAAUCGGUUUUUUUGGUUAUCUUAAAUUUGGUGAUAAUGUCAAAGGAUCUAUUACAUUGAAUUUACCUGCCGAACCAUUGUAUCAAUCUUGUAAAGUGAUAUUUGCAUGUGCAAUAUUUUUAUCAUAUGCAAUACAAUUCUAUGUACCUGUGACAAUCAUAUGGCCAUGGGUUUGUCGACGUUUCAAUCUUAAAGAAGGUGCCAAAAAAACCAAUACAAUUGAAUAUUUUUUCCGUGCUGGCCUAGUCAUAUUUACAGUUGCAUUGGCCGCAGCGAUACCAAAAUUAGAUUUAUUCAUCUCAUUGGUUGGCGCCAUUUCAUCCAGUGGCAUUGCAUUAAUGUUUCCACCAAUUAUCGAUAUUUGUGUUUUAUGGAACGAAGAAAAAGGUUUCAAAAAAUGGACAUGGAUUUUCAUUAAAGAUGGUGCCAUUUUCUUAUUGGGUAUUGCAGGCUUUACUACCGGUACUUAUGCAAGUAUUGAAAAUAUUUUAAUUCAUUUCAAUGAUUGAUUGAUGAUAAAAAAAAAUCUAUCAAUCAAUCCAAUCGACAUUCAAAUGAACAAAACAAAACGAAACAAAACAGAAACCGCCUUUCAAUUAUUCGAGUCAACAUUCAGUCGUUUUUCAUUCAUUUUUUUUUACACUAUGUUUUUAGUUGAUCUCUACUUUUUUUUCGUAUACAACAAAAUUAGUGAUUGAACUAAUACUUUGAUCGAUCAAUCAAUCAAUUUUGUAAAUAUCGAAUUUUUAAAUUU